GUCGUCCCUCCAUGACGCUUUGACUACAUAUUUUGUGUAUUGUGUAUUUGAUCGAGUCCCUACGAAGUAAAUAUAUUUGCGUUCAUAGAUGUGCGCCGGGUGCUGUUGAACUGGGAUUGCCCGCUCCUAUCCUAAGCGUUCAUGGAGCCCCCAUAGAACGUUACUGCGAAAACGCCGUUGUUGUGAUCAGGUUGGGGCCGCCUGCUUUUUUUUUAUUUCCCAAGUUGGGUCGGCGUCUUUCUAGAAGAAACUUAAAUGUUAAGUUUUUGUUCACAUGAAGAAUUUAGGUGUGGUUGACUUUAACAGAAUUUUCAACCAUCAUGAAUUUCUCUCCAUUUGGCGGCCCAUUUCCUGGGUCAUUGCCAGUACAUCAGUUUCCAGCUAAGUUCAACCAUGAUGGUACAACUAGCACCACCAACACAACACCAACCCAUACUGUAACUCAGAAUGAUCUGGCCAGUGCUCCACGGUAUCACUCCAGUCCAGGACCAACUCAUUUCUCUAACCAGCAUCAUUCGCCUGUCAGUGUGCCUGUUAAUGUGGGAAAGUACCCGCGAGCUGAAGCCCCCACAAGUGAAAGCAACAAUGGAUCUGUCUCUCAGACAUCUAUGAUGAAUCAAGUUGCCAACUCUACCAAAUAUACUAAUGUCCACUACACAGUAAACGUACCUGUCAGCUAUGCUCAGCAGACUCAACAGCAGUCGCAAGCUCCUGCAUCACCUUCUUUACAAGAAAGGGAUGAAGCUGAGAAAGAAGCUCAGGAGCAGCAGCAGCAACAACAACAGCAGCAACAACAACAGCAGCAGCAGCAGCAGCAACAACAACAGCAGCAACAACAACAGCAGCAGCAGCAGCAACAACAGCAGCAACAGCAGCAACAGCAACAGCAGCAGCAACAGCAGCAGCAACAGCAGCAGCAACAGCAGCAGCAACAACAACAAAAUGAGUCUGGUGAAUCAGGAGAGGUUUUCAAUGGUGGAGGAAAUGUUAUGGGGCACCAUCUUCACCAUCAUGGGACUCAAACAGCUAUGCCAGCAUCUUGGCAAUCAUUAGCUACCCCAGGUUCAACUGUUGCAGAUUAUCUUUCACAUCUUCCAGCCUCUACUCUUCCUAUUAGUCUUCAUCAUUUUCUUAAGUAUUCUGCAGAAUCCAUUAAGAAGGAAACUGAGGGAAGUGCUGCUCCCACAGCUACUUCUCCCAAUGUCCAAGCAGUAUCUGGUGCUCAGACAAGUGUGAUUAACAUGAAUGCUCAUCAUCCUAAUAAUGGGGUGAUGUCUCCCAAUGGCCAUGACCAACAAGUUCAACAACUGCAAACCGUCCAGCAAAUGCAGGUUCAGCAACAUGAACAACACCAUGAUCAAGCUGGGCAGGUUGUCAUCAUUAACCCUGCAUUGAAGAAGAAAAAGAAAAAGAAGGCUAAAGAAAAGAAACCAAGACCCAAACCUGGUGAAAUCAGACUAACAACUGCCCUGGAUGGAUCUACUCUCUAUUGCUGCCCGGAAUGCCAUAUGGCCUACCCUGAGAAAGAACUUCUGGAGCAGCACCUUUUAGGUCAUACUCUAGAACGCAGAUUUGUAUGCAACAUCUGUGGUGCAGGGCUUAAGCGAAAGGAUCACUUAACUCGCCAUAAACAAAGCCACAAUCCAGAGCGACCCUUUGUGUGUACUGUGUGCUUGAAGGCUUUUAAAAGGAAGGAGCAGUUGACUUUACAUUUUGUUAUUCAUUCUGGUGAAAAGCGCCAUGUUUGCACUGAGUGUGGUAAAGGAUUUUACCGCAAGGAUCACCUGCGCAAACACACACGUAGUCAUAUUGCCAGAAGGGUGAAAGCGGAAAUGAGCCAGAACAAUCCUCCAGCAGCAGCUCCUGGCUUAGUACUCACUCUUCAACAUGGUGCUCCUCAGCAUGUUCAGGCAGAACAUCAGCAGCAAAUGAUAUCAUAAUUUCAUGGUGAUUAAGCUCACCGUCAUCGGAUAAGUCUAUCUGUCUUUCAGUGAAUGUAUUUACCAACAAUUGCUUAUUGGUCAAGGAAAAUGUUGGGAAGUUAAUUACUUUAUGCUAAUUUAGCGUAUAUUUUAUUUACAUGCUUGUCCUUGAAACGAGCAGAUGGAAAGUCUCCUCUCCCUUGACAGUAUUCAUCUGUACUGAAAUUGGGCACACUGUCCUCCACUGAUAUACUCAUGCAUAGCUCCAACAUUGUUAACUGUUGUGCUUGUAGGUUCAUCAAAUGACCACUGUGCACAAUGAUCUCAUAUGGCUCACCUUUCUUUUGGGAGCUCUUUAGGCUUGAAGUCUUUUCCUCGGCUUUCUUAAGCCAUACUGUGUAGUUUUUAAGAAUUCAAAUUAGGAAUUGUGUGUUUUGUCGUUUGGUUGACCUGUAGCUCUACUAAUGAAGCUUGUUAGUCAAGCAAGACACUGACGAUUGCCAUUUGUAAAAUAGCUAAUAAUUUUAAUCUUUCUCUGACGAAGUUGAUUUUUUAUACAGGAUCUAUGCAGGAAAUUUUUGAUAACAUGUGUUCUGUGGGUAGUUAAUUAAUCUGCCAACUUCUACAGAAAAAUCAACAAAUUUAAAUUGUUUUGUGCUAGAUGUUAGAUUCAGUCUUCCACAUUUUAUCAAAAUCAAGGUUUCUUUAAUUAAUUGAUGUUUCUGAAGUUUGUGAUUUUUUAAAAUUUAUUUAUUAUUAUUUUUUUUCAUUUUUUUUUUUUGCAUGGCUUCCAGUUUUGGUGAUUAUCAUUGUACUUCCCUGUGUCUCUCUCUAGUUUACAACAGUUAACAAUUUACUGUUUAGAUCAAGUAUAGAAACUGAUCCAAAAAGAGAUUCUUACUAAGGUGCUGUGUAUUUUCAUAAUGUGAGCUGAAACUAGCAAUUUGACUGUGGUAAUGUGUGCUUCUGAUUCUUUCCUCUUAUAAUCUUGAAAGUGCACUUGUUCAUUAAUCAAUGUGACCUUCCUCCCCUUUAUUAAAAUAUUGUGAGAUUUUGAUGAGCACUUAACAAGCUGACAGAAACUUAGCAUUGGUGCAUUGGGUAUGUUUGUGUGCUUUGACAGACCAAUCAACUCUUUUCCUAUCUUUGCAGAAAUUGGGCAAUAAUCGAUAGUAAACAUUAUUGUGUGAAUAGAUAUGUACUGGAGAGGCAAAACAUAAAAAUAGUUGAUUAAUUUAGUGCAAAGAACUACAGAGAAUGGCUUCUUUCAAGAUAGUAGUGUGAUUUUUAUUUGUAUCUUUUAUAUGUACAAUUAUUGUAUCAAAUUAUAUUCUAGAGCUAGCUUUUUUGACAAUGAUUAAGCAUUACUGUACAUAAAAGAUGAGUGGAUGUUUUAGUAAUGAAAGCAACUUUUGCAUGGACCAGUGGUGAGAUAUAUCAAUUUGGUAUGAAGCAUUUUGUAGUUUUCAUUCAUGGACAGAUGGAUGAAAAUUUGAAUAAUGUACUUUUUAGCAGUCUGUCAAAGAUAGCUUUCUUUGACUAAGUCCUCUAGUGCAAUAGGCGCAAGCUAUAAUAGUUUUAUUUUGUUGUCAUAAUCAGCUUAAAGCCACUGAAUAUUCUGCCUGGUGAUUGAUGUGUUUUGACUCUGCUUUCAGUCUUGAAAUGAUUGUGAAAAUAGAUUUAUGUCAAGUUCUGUGUUUUGUGAGUUAUGUCAAAUCCAGUAGCCCUCUGUUUUGAGGAUCAGUCAUUAAAUGAUUAGAACUUAAAGUGUAUUUAACUGGCAGCAAUCUCACACAAUUCAAAGUAAAUAGUCCCUGACGCAUGAAUUUCAGUAGGUCUUAUUUUUGUGCCAUUAUACGUGGUUGAUGAUCUAUUUUUGAAAAUACAAAUGCAAGUUUUUUGCCUAGAUCUGUAUCACUUGAUCCAUUAAAUUUGAUUUUGGUCGCGUUUUCUCAAUAUCAGAUUAAUGAUUGAGAUUCACUUAACUAAUGAAGUUUUAAUUGAGUUCUUAGUAGCUUAUGUAUGUAACUAUAGUUUUCCUUUUUUUUUUUUAGCUUGCUAAAACCAUAAUUUACCAGAACACACUUGGUGUGGUCCAUUCGUGCAUAGCUGUUUGAAGUUUGGUUCUCAAGCUUUUGUUAGUUUCAAUAUGAAUGCCAUUAAACUCAGGAAUCCUGUUGUAGAAUGUAGAUUUCAGAGAUCUAAGAUCUUCUCUAUGAAAAUUGCCAUUCUUAUUUUACUGUAAUUUAUUGUCCUCAUCCUCUUAUGAAGAUUGUGGGUUUACUCAUUGAUUAGUCAUUUAUUUGUUUAUCUGUGUGAUGUGGAUGUGUUACCCAUCUUUUGCUUUGAAUCCUGUAAGGAAAUUCAAACACAACUGGUCUGCAAUGAAGUAGAAUUGUUAUGGAGAGCUUUUAGAUGUAUGCUCAAUGUUAUUAUUUGAACAAAGUUGCCACCUCAUUAAUAGUGGAUUUAGACUGGAUACUUUGCUAAGCACACUGUGUGAUCAUCAUAUUCUAUGUUGAUUCUUGCAAAAUUGUAACUUUGACAUUAGUGUGUAAACAUUAGACUGACUGUAAGUUUAGGUGUAGAUAUACAGUGCACUUGAAGGAUUAAUCUAUCUAACUGGGGAAGAACCUAUCCUUAAUAUAUGUUUUCAUAUUUGAUGCAAAAUUUUGUGACCUGAUGUAGUUGUGAGGAGGGAUCUCUAAACAAAGUAGUUUAUUUUGAUAGUCAUUAAGAAAGCUCAAUCCUUUAUCAUCUUAUUUUUUGGUUUGAAGGCAUGGAGAAUGACCAAGGUGGCGUUGGCAGUGUUAUAUGUAACCAUCUAUGAUAACCGUUUUUCUGUCAUCGAUUAUCAUGAUUGUUGUGUGUUAUCCUAACUGUCUUGCCAUUUUGUCAUUCAUUUGAUAGAUCUCAAUGUCCAAAGAAAGUUAAUGAUUGCAAUGAACAGGUUAUCUUUUGAUUUAAUGUGAGCUCUUUUAUUUUACUUCUUAGAGGAAAAAAAUUAACCGAAGUUGAAGGAAAUUAUCUCAGGCAUACUUUGUUGCAUCACAUUCUGCUCACUUAUCUUCUAUAUUAUUAUUUAUGUCCUUGAAUACAGUUACUUCAAAUUGUGAUCUAGUGAAUGGGAAGGUUGAAGGUAACUAGUUGAGUCUUGACUAGUCACCAAUGCAGCUGUUUCUCACUUCUCUAACCCAGUUGUAUUGCAGUAUUAGUUUCGCUCCCUCAAAAUCCAUAUUACUUGGAUAUUUCCUACUAUUUUGGCUUUAGAUUGCCAUCACUACAAUCAAAAGUUUUACAGUCCGAUUCCAACAUCCCUCAAUCUGAAGCUGAAUUCAAAUUUAUCCCUAUAGUGCACCUUUUUUGUUGUUGUUGAUGAAAUUUUUAAUUAAGACUCACUAGCUUUUGUUUAUUUGGUUGUGAAUGCUUGAAGUCAUAUAGUCUUCUCUGGCCUUAACAAAAGUUGUUAAGUGCUGAGCUCAGAUAUUAAUAUUUAAUUGUAUUUUUUGAUUUGCAGCUAUUAACUAAAGCAGAUUCUAAGUCAGUGUUUCCCCACUGAAAUUGGACUUACUAAUUCUACACACACUCUGAUAUCUUUCCUCAACUACAGAAGUUGACUUUUGUAAAAUAAUGUUUACAAUACUUCACAUUUCUUCCAAUGUUCUCUUGGGUAAAAGAACUCCUUGUACUUAGUUCUGCAGAACGCCUCUGGUCACCCCACCUACAACUUGAAUUUGUUACUGAGCAGUAUUUAAUUGUAGUGGUCUGCAGUAUGCAAUAUUUUAAUUUUCUUACAAAUGGAGCCAUUGUGUAUGUGCCACAUUCAAAUGCUUAUCUUCAAGUGAUGAUACUUUUUGUUUGUUUACAGCUUGUAAUGAUUUCUUGUAGUAUGUAUCACUUCAAAGCAUUUGUCAUUGCCACAUUCACUUGCAAUAGAUACUGAAGCGUCAGUUUUUUUGUCUCUGCAAUUUUGGCAAGACUGGAGUUAAUUCAUGUGCCUUUGAGUAUUCUGAUCCAUCGUUUUGUUUUGCUUCUAUUUUGUUCAUUUGCUGUGUUAUGUUUUAUAUAGAUUAAUUUUUACUUCUUUGUUAGUUUUGAAUGGAUAGAUUUUGCAAAUACCUCUUUUGAUACUUCUGAAGUGAGUGACAAAAUGGAUACAUGAUACAGGGUUUGAUUUUUAAUUUUGUCAUACCUUUUCCAUACCUUCAAUUUUGUCAAGGUUCAAGUUUAAUUCUGCAUUGCUCACGGUUUCAUUCCUGAUGUGGACAAUAAGUUUUUUUAACUCUUAAAUGGUUUUUCUCUGAAGCAAUGAAAUCUAGAGUAAUGCAGUUUUAUAUAUCAGUUCAAGUAGUCUGAUGUUCUCCUUUCUGUCAUUUGAACAAAGAUCUUAAAGUUCUGUGAAGGAUGCAGAAAUGUAUGAAAGUAUUCAGAGUCAAAGUCUGUACCACAAUUUGUUACUGAUGGCAUAUGUGAAUAUUUCUAGUUUUUAUCUGAGGAUGAUAAAUACUUGUAUUUAAUUCUUUUCCUAUUAUUUGGCUGCUAGUUGGUACUUCCCAUAUUUUAUCAUGCAAACUGCUGUGUUGCAGAUUGCACUCAUCAAAUGGUGAAAUUUCUCGAGAUUUGUUUCAUGAUCAUCAACAAAGACAACCCUUUAAGUGUUCCGCCUAUUUUCGACCAAAAUGUCACUUCCCAUUUGCUCAGGCGGCAAUCUUGCUGAACUGAGAGUACUGUAGAGUGUCACCAUAAGAAAGUUCUUGUUCUAGUCAGGCAGUGAUAAGACAAUCGUUACAGCAGAUUCUCUAUUUGCAAUACCUUCAUAAUGCUAUACACAUAAUCUUGUACACACGUUUUGUGUGAUGAGAUUAAGCUUCUUUGGGUGAACUUUUAUUAAUGAGUAAGUGCACUGGAACAAAAAAUAGCAUCAAGUUCCAUAAGCAGAACCAGAAUUACAAAAUUAAUUCACAAACUGUAAGUUUGUUUCAAAUAACAUCGUUUUAUCUUGGAAAGAGUGAAGGCAAAUCAAGUAUAUUUGUGUAUUGGUGUGUAAUAUAAUUUAAAGUUUAAGGAUGUUUGUUUUACUCCUUUUUUCUUUGUGGAAGCAGGAUUGUAAAUUUGCCAACGAGAACAAUCAUUGUUGUUUAUAAGUAUUUUUAAGAGGAUGAUACCUGUAUUGAAGCUUGUUUGCAUGAGCUUUUGAGUGAGUUCCAUCCCUCUAUUUUCUUAUCAUUUCUAAAACAUUAGAGGGCACUCAUCUUGACGUAGAGUAGCUAUGGGGUAGAUAGUACACAUGUCAUCACUUUGCACCAUCCUCUGCCUGUGUGAUGCUCCUUUUCGUGUCUUGACGCAGGGGAGUGGGUGGUGCUGUGUUAAACCAUGCAAAUAUUGUUAUACCCUUGUACUCUUUGUAUACCAAAUAUUAUAGAUCUGCUUCUGUAUUGAAGAAUUGAUGAAACAGAACAA